AUGGCCGUUCCGGGGCUCUGUCUUCCAGCCCAUCUUCUCAUCGUUACUUUGAACCUCCUUCUCCUACAGGCGCCUCCAACAGCCAUGGCCAUGGGUACUAUGUACAAGCCCCGCCACAGCUUCUCUCGCCGCCUACCGAAGCGGCUUUGCCCGAUGUUGCCACCAACGCUUCCACUCAUUGAAGGAUCAGUGGACAUGUAUCGGCACCCGCCACGCAGAAUGCCCUGUGUGCCCGGUCCGGCGCCACGACCCAUGCUCUCCCGGGUGUUCAAGCUCACAAGUAAUGUCCCUGCACUGCGCAAGGCGUACAGACAAGAGGAGCAUCUGGGAAAUAUUGGACCGAGAGACCCCGUAGCUUUGGACGCAGAUGGAGCCAAGUUUGGCGAGGUAUCUUUCGACGCUCGCACGGACGGAUAUCUCCAGGAUAAAAGAAGGAUCAUGACGGAUAACGCGCAUUCGUCGAGGUCAAGGGUGCCGCACGUGCGAACCCGGACAGGGCAUUCGUAUGCAAGAGGCAGCACAGAUGAUUGCUUGGAUGCUGAAACAUCCAAAGAGGCUUUGAAGCAGCCCAAAAGAACCGCUGAUGAGCCGACGUUGGCUGCCUGGCGUUAUACGACGCUACCUCGGACAGCUGGUCAGAGAGAACCGGAGAACCGCAAAUAA